UUUAAAUAGAAAGCAGCACAGCAUCGGUAACCGCGUUUUGUGAGUGUUGAAAACUCAAUAUAUCCGGCCACAUAUUAAACCAAAAGCAAUUGAUGAAGAAUGAAUAACAGUUGAGGUUAACGGUUAAACGUUAGCUAUAUGCCACCUAGUUACUAUCUAGCAAACAUUCAAACAUUAGCUUGCUAGUUAGCCAUAGUAACUCACUUUCCACGCUAGCCAAUUCAAUGUGAACAAACCUGCCUUUUUGACAUUCCAAACACCAGGUUAGAAGUCUCAAGUGUCUGUCAGCAGUAGCGAGCUAUUUGCAAGCAGAGAGGUUUCACAAUUCUACAGUAACGUUACAGAUAAUUGACUCAUUUCUGUAAAAUAUGGCUUCGUUCGGCUGGAAAAGGAAAGUGGGCGAGCGGGUGUCCAAGGCAGCGGUGCAGCAGUUUGAAGCCGCAGCGGAGAAGCCGGAGGAAGAUGGAGUAGGCAAAGAGGACGAGGUGGACUGGCUUUAUGCUAUCAAGCGGCGCCGGGAGGUCCUGCUGGAGGACUGCGCUGCCAAAAGCAAGAGACUAAAGGAGGAAGGGGUGGUGCUGGCACAAGAGGGCAGGCACUGGGAGGCCGUUAAGAGGUGGGAUGAAGCCAUCCAGAUGACUCCAGAAAACCCUCUACUGUACGAGAUGAAGUCCCAGGUGCUGACCGUCCUGCAAGAGGUGUUCCCGGCGGUGCAGGCAGCAGAGAUGGCUGUGAAGCUCCGCCCCCUGUGGUGGGAGGGCUGGCAGACACUGGGCCGCUCCCAGCUUAGUCUGGGUGAGGUGGACCUGAUAAUAAAUAACGUUCAACUGGGACCACUAGCUGCGGUGAUUUCUUUGAACCAAACACAACGCAGGAGAGUACGAUUAACAUCUGUUACAUAUGGUCAGGUGAAAGAAAUCGUCAUUUUGGAAUGGACAUCUCCGUCUCCGGACUUGAACCCGAUUGAAAACCUGAGGGUGCAGAUGAAGUCCAUAAGUGCAGGUGAUUCUGUAUGGAGGAAUUGGUCUUAGAUCCCUCCCAAUGUGUUCUCCAAUCCUAUAAAACAUUUUUGAAAGGUGAUGUAUUGGAAAUGACUGAGCAAUUGUCUUAGUAUAAAAUAAUACAUUACAUUGUUUUGAGCCUACAAUAUAGCUCAGUAUUUGUAUGAUUUCUUUUCUAGUCUUUUUUUUUUUGCUCAUCUUUAUAAACGGUGCCAAUCAUAUUCGACCUGAAUGUAUGUUCCCUGUUUAAGCUUUGUUGUUUAUAUCAAUGCUCUCUUAUUACUCCUAUGCCAUUUAAAAGACUGGUUUGGAGUGUAGCCCCAAUACAUUUUUCUCAUUAUACACUUGAGAGCUCAACGGUCACUCAUGUUAGUUAAUCCUCCUGAAAAGAGCAUCCUGUUGUGUUUGGAAUAUGUCUGUCCAUCCCAUUAACUAAAAUACAUUCCGGGUCAGUUUCCCAGACGGAUUAGACAUAAUCCUGGACUAAAAAUCGAUUGAAUGAUGAUUAUCCAUUGAGCUUGCUUUUAAGUCCACUACUAGGCUAACCCUGUAUCCGGAAAACUGCCCCUUAGUCUUUUUUUUAAUAUCUCAAGUUAUGAGAAGUUUCAGAAUGUCUUUGUCAGAUGACCGGGAAAUGAUCUCCUUGGAAAACUCCUCACUUGAGUCAAUUGUGUCAGUUGAGCUGUUAUUAAAAAAUAAACCCUCGGAGAAACAAACCCCACAGAGAAAUAAUAUUUCCAGGUUGGGAUUUGUGUGUCAUGUGAGCCUCCGUAGGAGGAGAUUGUUGAGCUGCUAAAACAAUCCAACUUUGCCCGGAAUGCCAGCAGCAGGCUGGCGCUGAAAACUCUGCGCCGUCAGCCUAGACUGGCCAUGCUGAAAAGCCUAGCAGCUUGAACUGUCAUUUGAAUUUGAAUGGCAUCUUCUAAGAGCAAGAUUGUUUUCAUGGGACACUCAUAAAAGGGUUUUGUAUGACUGAAACGGGCUAUCAGAUUGUUGUUAAUACAGACAGGCAGUGAAAGAAGAGACCGGUUUCUGAGAGAAUGAAUGUGUGCUCCUUGGAUUUAUUGAAUUCAUAUUGUUGGAUUCUAGCUUGAAAUGUACUUAUUCAUGUUGCCGUACCAUAACUUAGUGAUAACUUUACAUCUAUAUGUCUGGGGUCAAGGAAGGGCAAAGAGUAACUUGGUGCGUGGAAAGUUACUGAGUGAUAUGGAAAGUUACUCAGUGAGAAAAGGGAAGUACAGAAAAGUAAUAUUCUGUUCAAAUAUAGUGUUGAAUAUGAAUGUUGCUAAGGGGGAAGGUAAAGGGAAACGGUCUAGUAUCAGUUCUUGAAAAGGCAGACCAGCUGCGGAGCAACCGGGACCAUGAGGGCUGUGGAACUCAACUCCAGGUUAAGUCAACAGAUGAAGAGCGAAGACCAUGCUGGGAUUACAGUCCUAUCUCUCACACACUUCCACGCCCAUGAGGGUCCUGGACUGAGGCAGGGCCAUGACAAUACCAGUAAGAGGAACCUACUGUGUAUCUGCCUAACGCCAAAGAAGGAUUGGUAAUCUUAGACAUGCAAGGAGGUGACUCCGCCUAGUUGUGAGGUGUAAAGAUGUGCUUGUGUGACUUGUAUAUUGUCUUUGCAGAUGUAUGACCCAAUGGGGUGAUUUAAACUUGGUUUGAGCUUUUCCUAGUCAUGAGUUUUUACUGUUUGUUCCGAACCUAACAAUAUGAAAUAAUAUUUAGACAAUUUCGUAAUCUAUGUCACUUGUAAUGGAUGCAGAUAUAUAUUUAAUAGUAAAGGCCAAUUUAUGCUUGAUCUGAAAAUGUGGUCGGCGGCUUCGUGUGGAGUGUGACGCCAUUGCGGAGCAUCCAGAGGCAUGCAGAGGCCUAAUGACGCUCCGUUAAAUGCUUCGUAUGGCUCUGCAUUGACAUGGUAGACAGUAGGUGGGGGCGGUACGACCCGUAUGAAUACAAACUUACUUCACCAUUGCUCUACUCUGCUCCGCUGGUAUGAGAGCCCUGACGUCUGCAUCACACUGACACAGAGCUCACUCUGACACAGAGCGUUAAACGUUCAGAAAAAGGGAACCAUGAAUGUGUUGGUAACGGUCAUUCAGUUCGUAGAACUGCGCUCAUCCUCUGGUCAUGUGGGGGAUCAUUGGGUGGAGCUGUGAACACUCAGUGGGAAAGGUAACUGUUUUGACCAUGACAGUGCUCAUAGCCUAUUUAGUGCGAAUUGUAAUCAUGUUUCUGUAACUGACCCAGCUGACGUUGUGUACUAAUACUUUGUUUGUGUAAAUAAUGAGAAUGUAUCCAUCUUACCUGUAAAGUGUACAUUUAAAAUGAAUCAAUUGAUUUACAAGUAACAUUGCAAAUGUAAUUGGCCUUUCUUAUUUUGUGCCAUAAUGCUAGAUUUGGACACUGUAUAC